ACCUCGCCGCUUCGCCUGUUCUCGCCACCAGCAGCGCUUUCUGCGAUUGUUUUGUUUUCUCGUUUUCUCGUGCGAUCAGCGCGAUGGUUUCGUGACGCCAUUUUGAGCUGAGCGAAAUCGUAACGACAAUCGAAUUGUUUACGAAUAUUCAGGCGCUGGCUAAGGCUGUGCCGUGUCGACUGGAGUGAAUAGCCGAGCGCUUGAAUAUGAGCUAUCAGAUGCAGUCGGGAGCACAGCCUGCUUCUCGGUCAAUGGGCCAUGGCAAUUACUCAAAUCCGGGCGAUGUGCCUGUCAACCCCAAGGAACAGACCAUCCUCUGGCAGCAGGGGAACUACCUUGCAGAUUCCGGCAUACACUCGGGUGUUACAACUCAGGCACCUUCCAUAACUGGCAAGGAGGAUGACUUGGGGGAUGAACAAAUGGUUUUUGACUGGGAGCAGCCUGGCUUUGGCCAAGGCUUUACACCUGACCAAGUAGAUGAGAUGAACCAACAGCUGAGCCAGACUCGAUCGCAGAGGGUGCGCGCCGCAAUGUUUCCCGAAACACUGGACGAAGGAAUCGAGAUCCCGUCGACUCAGUAUGACCCAGCACAGCCCACGGCAGUGCAGCGUCUGUCCGAGCCGUCGCAGAUGCUGAAGCAUGCUGUCGUCAACCUCAUCAACUACCAGGACGAUGCUGACUUGGCUACCCGAGCUAUCCCAGAGCUAAUAAAAUUGCUGAACGAUGAAGACCAAGUUGUCGUUAGUCAGGCAGCGAUGAUGGUCCACCAGCUGUCGAAGAAAGAGGCCUCUCGCCACGCUAUCAUGAAUUCUCCGCAGAUGGUAGCGGCCUUGGUAAGGGCCAUGUCGACGUCAAACGACCUGGAGACCACUCGAUGCGCUGCCGGGACCUUGCACAACCUGUCCCAUCACCGCCAAGGUUUAUUAGCCAUCUUCAAAUCUGGAGGAAUUCCGGCUCUGGUCAAGCUACUCAGCUCACCGGUUGAGUCAGUGCUGUUCUACGCGAUCACCACCUUGCACAACUUGCUGCUGCACCAAGAGGGCUCCAAGAUGGCAGUCCGCCUUGCUGGCGGCCUCCAGAAGAUGGUGUCCCUCCUGCAGAGGAACAAUGUCAAGUUUCUGGCCAUUGUCACCGACUGCUUGCAGAUCUUGGCCUACGGGAACCAAGAAAGCAAGCUGAUCAUUCUGGCCAGCGGUGGACCGGCAGAGUUGGUGCGCAUCAUGCGCUCUUACACAUAUGAAAAACUACUUUGGACCACGUCAAGGGUGCUCAAGGUGCUGUCCGUGUGUUCAAGCAACAAGCCGGCUAUUGUUGAAGCAGGUGGGGUGCAGGCGACAUCGAUGCACCUGGGCCACCAGAGUCAGCGCCUGGUGCUGAACUGCCUCUGGACCCUGCGCAAUCUGUCUGACGCGGCUCUCAAGCAGGAGAGCCUGGAGCCACUGCUGGCCAGCCUGGUGCAGCUGCUGGCCAGCGGGGACAUCAACGUGGUCACCUGUGCCGCAGGGAUUCUCUCGAACCUGACCUGCAACAACCACCGCAACAAGGUGACCCUGUGCCACGUGGGAGGCAUCGAAGCCCUCGUGCGCACCGUCAUCCAGGCGGGAGACCGCGAGGAGAUCACCGAGCCCGCCGUGUGUGCGCUGCGGCACCUGACGUGCCGGCACCCAGAGGCAGAGAUGGCCCAGAACUCUGUGCGGCUCAACUAUGGGCUGCAGGUGAUAGUGAAGCUGCUUCACCCCCCAAGCCGCUGGCCUCUGGUCAAGGCAGUGAUCGGGCUUAUCCGCAACCUGGCCCUCUGUCCGGCCAACCACGCCCCACUGCGCGAGCAUGGCGCUAUCCCACGGCUCGUUCAGCUGCUGCACAAGUCCUACCAGGACACGCAGAGGCAACGCUCCAGCGUUGCUUCCAACGGCAGCCAACAAGGAGCUUACUCGGAUGGAGUGCGCAUGGAGGAGAUUGUCGAGGGAACAGUUGGGGCGCUGCAUAUCUUGGCCCGCGAGGCACACAACCGGGCCAUCAUCCGCGGGCUCAACGUCAUUCCAGUGUUUGUGCAGCUCCUCUACAGUGACAUCGAGAACAUUCAACGUGUGGCUGCCGGAGUCCUGUGUGAGCUGGCUGCUGACAAAGAGGGAGCCGAAAUGAUUGAGGCAGACGGUGCCACGGCUCCGCUCACAGAUCUUCUGCAUUCCAGAAACGAGGGUGUUGCCACCUAUGCGGCGGCAGUCCUCUUCCGCAUGUCAGAAGACAAGCCACAGGACUACAAGAAGCGGCUCUCGAUGGAGCUGACGAAUUCGCUGUUCCGCGAGGAUGCCGGGCCGUGGGGAGGCACGGGGACGGACAUGGACAUGAACUUAGAUGCGUACCAUGAGCAGAUGUACCCUGGGAGCCAGGGACCCCCCAAUGGGCGUCACAACCCCUACUCCCAGCAGGGCUAUGAUUCCCAAGUUCCUAUAGACUCGAUGCAAGGUCUGGACUUAGGGCCGUCACAAGGGGGCCACAGUUACACUCCCAUGGACACCGACAUGGACCUUGAUGCCCCGGGUGACCUCAAUUUUGACCCACUUGACCCGUCGCUGCCCUCACCUGCUCAGCAGGAUAGCAGUGGUCAGUUGGCAGCUUGGUAUGAUACGGACCUCUAAUCGUUCCACUCGGAGGUUGGCAGAAGCCCCUUUGUUCUUUUUUUUUUUUUUUUUUUUUUUUUUUAUUAUUAGCUUGGGGUCACAGCAAAGUUUGGGUGGGAGGGGGAGGGGGGGGGGGGGUGUCCUGGCAACCAUCUGUUUGGUGCAAGUUUGGAUGUUGAUUCCCCCUCAAAGCGGAACUGUCGGAACAGUGCGCAGGGAACAACUUUUGCGGAGAACCCUUGCCCCUAACAGUUUUGGUUCAAGGGCAGCCUCUCAAGUGCAAGUGUGUUCAGGGCGGAUCAUUUUUGCCACCUUGUUUUAUCACUAGCGGCUCCUGCCAUGUGUUUUUCCUCGGGCAGCAUAUGGUUGUUGAUGGCAAAGUUUGUCUUGUUUUCAUCUUGUAGUCUUGUUGCUUACGUCUUUUUUUUUUAUUCUUGUUUUGAUUGAUCAAAAAUCUGUGUUGUGCAAUUGUGACAUUCUUUUUUGUCUGUCUGGGUAUAGUUCUAGUAUGCCUUUGUUUAUUCACUGUGCGCUAUAAGUUUAGAAACAGUAUUCACUCCUUGAUGUACCCGUCAAGGAUUUGAUAUGCGGAAACUCUGGGGUACUUGUAUCUUUUUUUUUAUAUAUAUAUUAUUAUUAUUAUUAUUGCAAUUGUUUUUAUCUGCUUUGUGAAGCAUCUGCCACCAACUGUUCAUAUCUUGGAGCAUUUUUACAACAUAGCUAAUGGCCAUUUUUACUUUUUACUCGCAUGUUAUCCAGUACCACGCUGUUCAAAACGUAUCUGUCGAGUGUCUGCAGUGGAGUACAGAAAAUUUGGUUUUAGCUGGUAUAAAGCGAAGUGGGUAAUUUUGGCAUGUCUCGUUUGUGUACUCGUGUCUGUGACCUGUAUCUGAAAUAAAGUAGGUGGAAAGGAA